AUGUCCUCCAACCCUCUUCCCACGACCUCCACCCCGCCGGUCAGCCGGAAAGCCAACUCCUUUCUCUCCAAGUUCCGCUCGCCCCUUGGAUCUCGCAAUCGAAGCAUAACCGACUUCUAUAUCGACCCCGAUGAUCCGUGGCGUUCAUACUUUCCAGGAGACACCAUCAAAGGCACGGUGAUCCUGACCGUCCUACGGCCGGUGCGCAUUACACAUAUCGUAAUCUGUCUCCAUGGCUAUGUCAAAGUUUACAAGAAUGCGGUGCCCGCCGGAGAGUCCAAUUCAGAUAUAGGUUUCAUCGGUCCGGGGCGUGGCCGGCGAGGCGCAGAAUACAUGGGCAAUGGAUUGGCGACCUUGUUUGAAGACGAGGUAGUUCUCUGUGGUGAAGGUCGUCUGAAGGAAGGCAUUUAUAAAUUCCGCUUCGAGAUGACACUUCCCCCAUACGCUUUGCCCAGCAGCAUCAAUGUGCGUAUUUUGGUUUCCCCCCGGGGUCUCGUGACAUCUUGCUAA